AUGUCCGAGGGAGUGGAUCUGAUUGACAUCUACGCCGACGAGGAGUUCAACCAGGACUCAGAGUUCAGUAAUGCUGACCAGAUGGAUCUGUAUGACGACGUGUUAGCCGCCAGCUCCCAGCCCCCAGAAAACCGCUCCGGCAGCAACGAGGCACCGCCAGAGAUCCGCCAGGAACCCUCUCCCAAGCCCAACAGCAAACCUCCCGCUAUCCUCUACACCUACAGCGGGCUCAGGAACAAGAGAGCUGCUGUCUACGUUGGGAGCUUCUCCUGGUGGACAACUGACCAGCAGCUGAUCCAGACCAUCCGCUCCAUCGGAGUCUACGACGUGGUGGAGCUGAAAUUCGCGGAAAACCGAGCCAAUGGCCAGUCCAAGGGCUACGCGGAGGUGGUGGUGGCCUCCGAGAACUCAGUCCACAAACUGCUGGAGCUCCUUCCUGGCAAGAUCCUGAACGGAGACAAGGUGGAGGUGAGGCUGGCGACCCGGCAGAACCUGUCGCAGUUCGAGGCUCAGGCUCGCAAACGUGAGUGA